CGCCGCCGGGAAACGUACCGUGUUUUAUCGAUUUACCGUCGACGGCCAUGUUCGCGUUCGUAACCACCGGUCAGGCGCACUCGGCUCGAUCCAUCGUCGUCGUCGUCGUCGACGAGAGACCGUCGUGGUGUACGGCAGGAUAGAUUCUUGUCUCUUUCGGCCGUCGUCUAUCGUCAUCGUCCUCGCGGACGACGCACAGCGCGCGAUGUGCCUAUAAAACGAGCGCAAGUGGUAAUCCACUCCCGCACAUUGCAUUUCCUUAUUGUCGCGCGAUACGCAAUACACACGCGAAUCCGCAAGUAGUUACAGCCGAGUCGAGGCCGCCGCCGAGUAACGCCCAGGGGAGGAAAUAGCUCGAGGAGAGAAAAGAGAGUGCAAGAGAGUUAGUCAGCAGCUUCCCUGCCAUUGGGACGUUUAUUCAUGAAAAAGGCACUGGAGACGCUCUAAGAAUGUUCGUUGUAAAAUCGUCCUUGAAAAGGGUGUAGGCCAGUCGAUAAUCGAAUGAUCGUUAUUUAAGAGAGAAAAGAAAACAAAAUGCCGCCAUCCAAGAGAGACGUCGGUGUCCAGGAAGUCGGUGUCAGCGCAGUUGUUACUGAGGGCGAACCAAUUUUCAGUACAGAAACCGGAGAUAAAACUGGAACGGAAGAAAGCGUGACCGAAGGCGUAAUAAAGUCGUCCAUUGAAGAAAAGCUUGAAAAAAUCGGGAAAGGCAUCGAGCAAGAAACAGGAAUACCGCAAUGGGGGCUUAUUGCUAUUUUAAUAGGUCUAGGCAUAAUCAUUCUUGGAAUCUGCUUCUGCUGUAUACGAAGAUGUUGUCGCAAAAGACGUUCCAAAGAUGGCAAAAAGGGUCUAAAGGGCGCGGUGGACUUAAAGUCCGUGCAGCUUUUAGGGAGCACGUACAAAGACAAGGUCCAGCCGGAUAUGGAAGAACUGACGGACAAUGCCGAGGAACCGGACGAGGCCGAGAGCAAGCAGAGCGAAGUUAAACUCGGAAAACUGCAAUACAAGCUCGAAUACGACUUCAACUCGAACAGUCUCGCUGUGACAGUAAUACAAGCGGAAGAGUUACCAGCGCUGGACAUGGGCGGCACGUCAGAUCCAUACGUCAAAGUGUAUUUAUUACCGGACAAGAAGAAAAAAUUCGAGACGAAGGUUCAUAGAAAGACACUCAAUCCAGUCUUCAACGAAACGUUCACAUUUAAGAGCGUCCCGUAUGCCGAUGCCAUGAAUAAGACUCUGGUCUUCGCCAUUUUCGAUUUCGAUAGAUUUUCGAAACACGAUCAAAUUGGCGAAGUUAAGGUGCCACUGUGCCAAAUCGACUUAGCGCAAACGAUUGAGGAAUGGAGGGAAUUACAGAGUGUCGAGGGCGAGGGCGGACAGGAUAACAAACUGGGAGAUAUAUGCUUUUCAUUGAGAUACGUCCCAACGGCUGGAAAGCUCACGGUAGUCAUUCUGGAAGCCAAGAAUCUGAAAAAGAUGGACGUCGGUGGCCUUUCAGAUCCUUACGUUAAAAUCGCAUUGAUGCAGAAUGGAAAGAGAUUGAAGAAGAAGAAAACGUCGAUCAAGAAGUGCACCCUUAAUCCGUAUUACAACGAAUCAUUCACCUUCGAGGUACCCUUUGAGCAGAUACAGAAAGUACAACUUGUCGUCACUGUAGUAGAUUACGAUCGUAUUGGAACAUCAGAACCGAUCGGAAAGGUGGUGCUGGGAUAUAAUGCAAGCGGAACGGAAUUGAGACAUUGGUCCGACAUGUUGGCGUCUCCAAGGCGCCCAAUUGCUCAAUGGCACACGCUGAAGGAUCCUGAAGACGGAGAUAAGAAAGAUUAAGAACGUUGACUUUCCAGUUUAAGGAUAAUUGAGAGAAAAGCGGACGGAAAGAAGAAAGAUAAAUGAAUGUAGAGAAUAGGGGUGAGAGAGAGAAAGAGAGA